AUGGAGAAACAAGUUGAAACAUUACCUCGGGUGAACUCGACUACACUCGUAUUCGAUGCUUUGAAGGGCUAUUUCCGGUGGACGCUAUGGUGUAACGCUAUUAUUAGCGCGCAUUACGCUUUGUUUAUGCUGUAUAACGCAAAUGACGUCACGUUGCAAAAUUCCGUUGUUCAACGAUAUGUAAUUAAGUCAUUUAUAACCCUGCUGCUUCCUGUUAUAUCGGAAAUGAAGCUCCUGUUUAUCAUUUUUAAACUGCUUGAACUUGCACUUCCAAUUGUAGGUUCUGCCCAUCUGACCAGAGUCAGGACGAAGAUGGCACAAGGAAUAUGUACAUCGAUUCUACCUAAGUUAGAGCCGGACCUUUUAUACGCUGUCGGCCGAUCAUGUUUACCCGAGUCUUCCUUAUCUUGCAAUGAAGUGUGCCGUAAAAUAGGAAAAAAUUGCUACAAUGCCAUACAUAUAUACAGUGCCGGAAUACUGAAUCAAAUGUAUAAAGAAGGGACCAAAAAUACUGAAACAUAUAAAUAUGAAACGUGUACUUCGCAAGGCUGUGGGCCUAACUUUUGUUGUUGUGCCGACAAAAAACAUACAUUACCAGUAAGCUAUAAAGAUGCAAUAGCACAGGCCGCGUGUCAUGCUAUGCUGCCAAAGUCACCUGAUAACGUGUAUGCCGUGAGACGCCACUGUUCUCCCAAGUCAAAGGUUGAUUGCAAUGUUGUUUGCUACAAACUGAAGAAGAAGUGUUUCGAAUCCAUACAUGUGUAUGACAAUAAAAAUCUUGAGGUAGAAGAGACGGGUAAAGUGGGGUUACGCACGUACAGAUACAACACGUGCCAAAGAGCCUCCUGUGGUCCUAACUUUUGCUGCUGCGCUGGAGAAUGAACAUUGCAUGUGACUCAAUAGUAAUAAAAUGAUGCAAAACAAAACCAAUCUUAUACUUGAAAUUGUUUAACCAUUGAGACUGGAUUGCAAAAAAAAAAAACUACUGAGAAGAAUAAACUACUUUUAGGGAAAACUUCUUUAAUACUACAUAUUUCUAUAAUGACUAUUUUCAUUUUACAAAUUGUUAAAUUAUUUAUGAUCUUAAGGUAGUCUUACUCUAAUAGGAUUAAUAAAAAACAACAACAACUGAAAA